UGGUGCUACUACCUACCAUACUGUCACUUACUCUUACCGACUUGGUAGGAUCUAAUGAUUUCCAAUGGAUAAUUUAAUAGCUCAUGGUUUGACUCAUAAAUUAUACGAUAAACGGAAAUCUACUGCCUAUGAGUUGGAGCGUGUCGUCCGCCAAUACUUAGAGAAAGGUGAAACGGACAAAGUGCAGGAAGUAAUCAAUGAGCUUGCAGAUGACUUUAUUUAUUCACCGACAAAAGGAUCCAAUGCUGUUUUUGGAGGACUUAUAGGUCUUGCCGCAGUUGCUAUUGCCCUAGGUCCGAAAAUUGAUAUAUAUAUGGAAUCAAUUAUAAUGCCAGUGCUAUAUUGCUUUAAUGAUUCCGAUUCCAAAAUCCGUUAUUAUGCAUGUGAAAGCAUGUAUAAUAUAGGCAAAGUGGCUAAAGGAGAAGUGUUUCGGUUCUUUAAUCUUAUGUUUGACGUCUUGUGCAAACUAUUUGCUGACACAGAAAUAACUGUAAAAAAUGGAGCUGAAUUGUUGGAUAGACUAGUCAAAGACAUCGUCAUCCAGCAAGCUUCCACAUAUAUGUCUAGUGUAGAAAACUUGGAAACAUUUAAAGACAAAACUGCUACUUCUUCUAUGCAAGAUGUUCCAGUCUUGUCUUGUGAAUCUUCCCGGAUGCAAACGUUUUCGCUCGCGAAGCUCGUUCCUUUGCUAUCCGAAAGGAUAUAUGUAAUAAACCCCAAUACCAGAAUGUUUUUGGUUUCUUGGAUUCGAUUACUUGACAGUAUUCCAGACCUCGAAUUCAUUUCGUACUUGCCUUAUCUUUUAGAUGGGCUUAUGAAUUAUUUGAGUGAUCCUAAUGAAAGUAUUCGAAUCGUUACGAGUAACUGUUUAUACGACUUUUUGAGAGAAAUUCAAAGAAUAGCCAAGGUGAAGUACCAUAUCCUUCAACGAGACGAAGAAAGCGAACCUGACUUUUUCAACUCGAUGAUUCGUCGAGUCACAUCGGAUUCAGAAAUGCAGGAGAUUUCAGAGUACGUUGAGGGUUCUCUGAAAGACGGAUCUUUUAUAUUAGAAGCACAUAUUCAAAUCGACUGCAAAAAACUAUUAGAAAUAAUUGUCAAUCAUCUGGGUUCUUCUGUACCUCUUAUUCAAGAAAAGGCAUUGAAGUGGCUCUAUGAGUUUAUUUACAUUUCACCGAAAGAUGCUCUCGUUUUGAUUUCUAAGGUAUUAGAAAAUCUUUUGCCUUUAAUGUCUAAAGGAGAGAAUAUUCGUCAGACUGCCAAGGAGCUUAGUCAAAACUUGGUCAUUCUAGUUAGUAAGGUGAUGGAUAUUGAAAUAUCUGAGCUUGAUACCAGUCAAAAUGAUAACAGUUUAACUGUUGAUUUUCACACAUUGAUAGAGGUUUUGCAAAAACUUCUUUCCAAUGACAACGAAGAAACUCGUCUAUGCUCUCUUGAAUGGAUUCUACUACUACAAAGAAGGGCGGGUGGAAAACUUAUCAGUAUGCAUGAUACGAUUUUUCAAACGUUUUUGCUGCAGUUGUCAGACCCUAGCGACUUAGUCGUUUCUCGAAUUUUGGAACUUCUGGCUUAUAUUGCCAUUUCCCACAAAAGCGAAAAUUUGGUUCCUUUCCUGAAGUAUCUUCUACAGAUGUUUUCUGAAGAUAGGAAGUUCUUGAAUUCUCGAGGUAAUCUUAUUAUUCGCCAACUAUGUAAUCACAUUGAAGGGGAACGAGUUUAUACUGCUUUUGCCAGUAUUCUAGAAGUAGAAGAGAAUUUGGAAUUGGCAAGCACUAUGGUCGAAGUUUUGAAUAACAACUUAUUUACAGCUCCUGAAUUAUUUGACCUUCGGAAAAAACUGAAGCAGAGCUCAUUAAAGCUACAAAAUAUUUUCACAACCCUUUAUCGUGCAUGGUGUCAUAAUUCUAUCGCGGUUUUCGCUUUGUGUCUUUUGUCGCAGAAUUACGAACACGCCGCCAACCUCCUAUCUGUAUUUGCUGAAAUAGAGUUUAAUGUUGAUAUGUUGAUCCAAUUGGACAAAUUGGUACAACUUAUUGAGUCGCCUGUGUUCACAUACAUGCGCUUACAGCUGCUGGAGCCUGAGAAGUACCCGUACCUUCAUAAAGCCUUGUACGGAAUAUUAAUGCUGUUACCACAAUCUUCCGCAUUUAGGACUUUACGAGACCGACUCCAAUGUACUACGGUGUCAAAAAGCAAUGUUUUACUACCAAACGAACGCAUCAAUAGAUCAAGAAGGGAUGAUCCAUACUGGUCAGAUUUGUUGGAAAGGCUGCGUACAGUGCAACUUUCUCAUCAAAAUAAUUAUCGAGAACCGAUACGGGCAACCAAAUUAGCUUUAGCAGGAGCGUUGCCAUCGAUUCCGACUGCCACAACGAUCUCGACGACUACGUCAGCCUCAGGAAUAACGACUACUGCUAGUAAUUCCAAAGAUUUAAUUGCAAAUCGGUUUCCGCAAGCUGUGACGAUGCCACCAGGAACUCGAAAGAAAUCGAAAUGAUCAACAGAAUUUUUGGGUAUAAAACAUGCUUUCUUAAGAUGAUUAUUUAUUCAUACUAUGAUUAAUUAUGGAACGCUUAGAUUAUAUUUUAAUGAACUUGAAAUGAGCAGCGCAGUCACUGUAUUAUUUCUUUGCGAAAAUCCGU